AAAUGUAAAACGGAUAAACGGCUGAACAAGAAUUUUUCAUUCAGAACAAUUCAAAAUGCAGCGGGUGUUUGACUCGCGUUUGACCGGUCGACCAGCCGUCUUCCUCCUCUCGAGGCAACAACUCGGCGAGGUAAAGCGAGCGAGAUAGCAGACGAAGAAAAAAACAACCAAAGGCGAAACCUUUAUCACGCCAGCAAAUUGGUCGGCAAGCAAGAAAGUCCGACGAGCUUCUUUCUCUGGUCGCCGAUGGUUGGCCUCCGCAGGCAUCAGAUGUGCAAGACCAAGAGCGCCACGGCCACCGCCGCCGCGCCGUCGUCCAUGGCCCGCUCCUCCGCCACCGCCCCGACGGCCACCGCCCACGGCCGCCGCUCGCCCCGCGCGAACACCAACGGCACCCACCCGACCUCCUACUCCACCUCCUCGGCGGCGCUCUCCACCUCCUCCUCCUCCGCGGCCUCCUCCCUGCAGGCCCUCAGGGACUCGCUCCCGGACCUGCCGCUCCUCCUCACCUUCGCCGAGCUCGCCGCCGCCACCAAGAACUUCUCCCCCGCGCACCGCCUCGCGCCGGGGUCGUCCAAUUCGUUUAGAUGCGAGCUCCGGGGCCACCCGGCCGCCGUCUUCCGCCGCGCGCUGCGGCGGGAUCCGGCCGAGGUGUCGUCUCGGCUCGCGGUCCUCGGCCACUGCCACCACGCCGCCAUCGCGCGGCUCUACGGCGCGGCCGCCUCCCCCGACGGCGCCCUCUUCCUCGCCUACGAGCUCGUCCCGGGCGCGGCGCCGCUCUCCUCGCUGCUCCGCGGCGCCAACAACCCGUCCUUCACGCCGCUCGCCUCAUGGCACUCCCGGCUCCGCCUCGCCGCCGACGCCUGCGACGCGCUCAGCUACGUGCACCUCCAGGCCGGGACCGUGCACAACCGCCUCUCCUCCUCCUCCGUCCUCGUGUGCGGCCAGGGCCCGCUCCUCCGGGCCAAGCUCGCGCACUUCGGGUCCGCGGACCUCGCCGGGGAGCUCCCGGACGACGAAUCCGGCGACAAGGAGGCGAGGCACCGGCGGACGGGCAGCCGCGGGAGGCGGAUCGAGGGCACGCGCGGGUACAUGGCGCCGGAGCUGACCGCGGGCGGGUCGCCGACGCGGCGGUCGGACGUGUUCGCGCUGGGCGUGCUGCUGCUGGAGCUGGUGUCCGGGCAGGAGCCGGUGCGGUACGAGUUCAACAAGGCGACCGGGGACUACGAGCGCACCUCGCUGAUCGAGAGCGCCUCCGCCGCGUCGGCGUCCGGCGGCGGCGAGGGGAUGCGGCAGUGGGUGGACCGGCGGCUCAAGGACUCGUUCCCCGUCGAUGCGGCGGAGGCCCUCACCACUCUGGCGCUGCAGUGCGUGUCCAAGGACCCCGCGGCGCGGCCGGAGAUGUCGUGGGUGGCCGCCAAGGUGUCCAAGCUGUUCCUGGAGGCGCAGGACUGGGCCGACAAGUUCCGCAUCCCCACCGACAUCUCCAUCUCCAUGGCUCCCAGGUGAACUCAAACUCUAGCUAACUGCCGCCGAGCGCCAUCGCCGAUUUAAUUGCUCGCCGGAGCUGUGAUUCUAGCUGUAGCUGCCGCCAGAG